AUGCUCCCAAUGGAACUAGAAAAGAAGUUAUCCUUCAACCGUUUCAUUAGUGUCGGCGAUUUGGUUAUUGUAUACGAGAGGCACGAUGUCAUGAAGGCUGUUAAAGUAUGCGAGAAUGGAGUUCUUCAAAAUCGCUUUGGCGUGUUCAAGCAUGAGAACUGGAUAGGCAUACCAUUUGGGUCUAAAGUUUUCAGCAAUAAAGGUGGAUUUGUUUACUUGUUAGCUCCGACACCCGAGUUAUGGACACUAGUCUUGAGCCACAGGACUCAGAUUCUUUACAUUGCCGAUAUUAGCUUUGUUAUCAUGUACCUGGAGAUUAUUCCCGGUUGCAUCGUUCUUGAGUCAGGUACAGGUAGUGGAUCUUUAACGACUUCAAUUGCAAGAGCUGUAGCGCCUACAGGACACGUCUACACCUUCGACUUCCAUGAACAAAGGGCUUCUUUGGCUAGAGAGGAUUUUGAGAAGACUGGAUUGACCAGCCUGGUCACAGUUGGAGUCCGAGAUAUACAGGGUGAAGGUUUCCCUGACAAAUUUACUGGGCAAGUAGAUGCGGUGUUUCUAGACCUUCCUCAACCUUGGCUAGCCAUUCCUUCGGCUGGGAAAAUGUUAAAACAAGAUGGAGUCUUGUGUUCAUUCUCACCUUGCAUUGAACAAGUACAACGGUCAUGUGAAAUACUAAAAACACAUUUUACUGACAUUAGAACUUUUGAAGUGCUUCUCCGGUCAUAUGAAGUUAGAGAAGAGAGGAUAGAGAGUUGGGAAAACUACGGAGGUGGCUCUUCUCACAAGUCCCGGAAAAGGAAGCAACGGUCCAAAGAUGGAAUUGAUGGAGUUGAAGGAUCUACAACGGUGUUGGCGAAGCCUUGUAGUGAAGGGAGAGGUCAUACCGGAUACUUGACAUUUGCUAGACUCAGAUGUGUUAUUGCAUAA